UUGUAACACCGUUUCUGUCUGGCACUCUGUUUAUUUUUGUGUUACACCGUUGAACGAACAGCUCCCCGCAUUGUCGUCGCAUAUCACGAACAAAGAGUGGAAAAUUUUCAGCUUUGAAUACUGGCAGAGUCGCUGCAAAGAGCGUUAACCGUUUUACCUGUUACAUUUUAAUUGCGUUGCAAGCGUAGGCUUUUAUAUUUUGGCCAGAGUUAAGGAACUGGCCUGAAAUUUCUAUUGACCGUUAGAAGUUUCCUUUUUGGAUGGGUGUGAAGCGUAGCAUGCAAGAUAAUUGGUGCAACAAUAAGGACUGCUUGGGUCUACGUAAACGUGUGUGUGGCCUGCAUCAAACCUGGAAGUGGCUGCAUCAGACUCCCGCCUUGCACGAGUAUUUAAUCUCCGCCAGCUCCGUAGCUGCAAACACAACCUUAGCCAACGAGACCAGCACGCUCUAAAGUCCAAAUCGGCAGCAUCGCGACCAAAAAAGCAAUAAACCAAAAGGCAAACAACAAGACAAGAACAACAAGUAUAGAAGAAAUACAAACAAAAAAAUAAACAAAAAAAAAAGCAAUUUAAUAAGCUAAAAUAGACUCGCUAAGAUGAUAACUAAUACACACUUAGCAUAGACAUAGAGUAAAGGCUAAAUUCAACAUAACCACAAAGAGAACAAAAGGCAGCAAACGGGACAACGGACGGCGCUAAAAGCCAGACC